AUGACGAGAGGCAACCAACGAGAAGUGGACAGAAUCAGGUCGUCUAAACGAAAUGACAAGGCAAAACAAAACAGCACCGUUAAAGAUGCCUCGAAGAACUUGAACGUGAUUUGUAAAUUAUGUAGACACACUUUUAUGUGUACAGUUAACCCGUCCAUCCUGAAGGAACACCAUGAGAAGAAGCACGCGAAGCAUGCAUACGAAGAUUGCUUCUGA